AUUGAUAAUUUUCCGCAAGUGAAAGUUUGUGCUGUUAACUUUAUAUAUUGUACACAAUAGUUUGAAAUAAUGUUAUCACGAUUUUCUUCUUUACGAUCAAUAUUUAAAAUAGAAAAUGUAUUGUUAUAUCGAAAAUACAGUUCCCAAAAUAAUAUUAAUUUGUCGGAUCCAGCAGUUCAAACAUUUCUUAAAAGUUUAAUGGUUGAACAUGACAAUUUACAUAUAAAAUCUCGACGAACGAUGGAAGAGGCAAAACGACUUCACGAAAUAAAACCAAUAGUGAAUGUACUUGAUCAAAGGAUUGCCUUGUUCGACAGUAUCGAGUCUCUAAAAGAACUAAAUAAACGAGAUGCUCAAGAUGAUGAAAUGAAAAAAUUAAUUAAAGAAGAGGCUCAAUUGUAUUUGAUGCGUGUCAAAGAAAUAGACAACGAGUUGCAAUCAAUACUGCUAGAACCUUAUUUGACAGAAGGAGGUGUGAUGGUGGAAGUUGUAGCUGGUGCAGGUGGACAAGAAGCUAUGUUAUUCGCCAGAGAACUAUUCGCUCUAUAUGAAUCUUAUGCCAAUUACAAGGAUUGGGAGGUUAAUAUAGCAUCUUUAGAGCCAUCUGAUAUUGGUGGUAUACGAAAAGGAUCAAUGCUAAUCAAUGGUUACGGUGCCCCUGAAUUAAUGAGGAUGGAGGCAGGAGUUCAUCGUGUUCAAAGGAUUCCAGUAACUGAAAAAGGAGGUCGCAUACAUACAAGUACUGUAUCAGUUGCGGUCCUUCCGCAGCCUACUGAGGUUGAACUGGAUAUUCCUGAUCGUGAUUUAACAAUAGAAACAAAGAGAGCGAGUGGUGCUGGUGGUCAGCAUGUUAACACAACUGACAGUGCUGUCAGAAUUCUGCACAUACCAACCGGAACAGUUGUUGAAUGUCAAGAAGGGAGAUCUCAAAUUAAAAACAAACAGAUUGCACUACAGAAAUUAAGGACAUUGUUACUACAAAAGCAGUUAGAAGAGCAGUCCAGUAAAAUUAAUUCUGAACGCAAAUCACAGGUUGGUUCAAUGAAUAGAAAUGAGAAAAUAAGGACAUAUAACUACCCACAAGAUCGUGUCACGGAGCAUAGAGAUGGUGGUGGAAGUCUUCAUAAUCUGAAGGGUUUCAUGGAAGGUGGAGAACCAUUGGAGCAAUUACAGACAUCGCUGCUCAGACAUCAAAGAUACCAAAUAAUUAUGUCUGAAAUUAAUGACUUUAUCAAUCGACAAAAACAAGAGUCUUCAGAUAAUAAUUAAAAAAUAUUUAU